ACCCCUGGCCCCGGGGUCUCUCGCCUGACCUCAACUUCUCGGUGAUGCCCUCGACCUCUGUCCCUUCGCCCCCGCUCACCAGGCCGUCCCAGGGAGGUCAUCGCCUCCGCCGCUCAGAUCUACGAUGCAAGGACGGCCAACUCAGAGUCAAGUCCUUCCCGACCAGAAGAUCGUCUGAACCGCCCUGGAGCGCAGCGAGAACAUCAAGCUUCUCCUCCUGACGACCUCCGCUUCCCUUCUCUCGCCAACCCACGGGGAAGCAGCGGAGGAUCGUCCGAGAGCUCGUGGCAGAACCAGGACAGGAGCACAGGCGUCCUCCGAUACCGCCACCGGAUCCAGGGACGUUCAGCACUAAUCGAGAGGAACACGGCCAGCCACGAGUACGCCAGGAACCCCAACCCCACCAGGAGCAGCCAAGAUGGGAGACAGGCCUUGAGGGAUCGCUACAACCUGCCCAGCAGGCCUCGCUCGGGCAUUUCGGCUGCGCCAGAGUCUCAGAACGCUCCUUCGAGCUCGCGGAGGAUCCGGCUGCAUCCUCUCAGAGGGCAGGCAGAGGAGUCGCAGGCUAAGGCAGCUGGAGACGAUGAGCACAGAGCGAGUGGAGAGCUCAGCUCUGACAGCGCAGAGACAAACCCCAGAGCAGACUUGUCAGCCGCUCGUCCAACUUCCUCUUCCGGCCGACAGUCGUUUCGGACGGUCCUGGACGACAGGACGAUGGAGGACGGGGACGAGGUGGACGACUCAAGAGCGCUGCCGGCAGAGGACCCCUUCCUCCGCCUCUCCAGAGAGCGCGAGCGCGAGUGGAGAGGGACGACGGUGCGGAUGAUGACGGGGCAGGACGACGAGGACGGGGCGUUUCUGAACCGGUAUGUUCGACUGGGGCGAUGACAACCGGUCGUCACAGCGUGGGGAUCUUGUAUUCUGUAAAUUAUUUCUUCUCUUGCU